AAGGCUGCAGAAUAGUUGUGUGUCUGACUUGUAUGGUGUUCCUGGCCUAGCGGCGAGCAUGGAUGGAACUGUUGAUCGCAUAGCCGGCUGGCCUCGUGUUGGCGAUGGGGUGAUGAUUAGUACUCGUAACAGCGUAGCCUCCAUCUUAUGGAACGGAGAUUGUCCUUGUGGCGAGGAGCCAGGCAGACAUCGAGAGAGAGAGAGAGAGAGAGAGAGAGAUCGGUGUGGAGUGUUCAUGGCCCGUGCGAUAGGCUGCUAUCCAGUGGAAACCAAGCUGAUCCCAACAAGUCAUUGUUUGUGCAAUCCCGAGAGAAUUAUGGAGUACUACUAGUUGCUUCAACUAACGUCCUUCCUUCGACUUCGUGCAAACUGCAAUUAUUUCGUCAGUAGAACAUGCAGUGUACUAGUUUCAGGAACACUUCUGGCUGUUCGGCUUUGGUAUGCAACGCAGGGGCCUGUUAGGACAGAUGAUUGUUUCAUGACAAGUCUACUGCUGAAAUUUUUCUGCGUUAUCAAUCGCUGCACCUUGGCCCGUAGUGUGUGACCGUUGUGUCAAGACAGUUCUCAAUCAUGUAUGCUAGUGUUUCAAAGAAUCGGACCACUCCAGCCAGUCAAUUGAGCUCUGACCAGGAUGAAGAGAACAUAGCCUUCAGUGGCUUCCUUGUGCAGGGAACACGUCACUUGAGCAACAUACUGGCCUGGAAUCGCCGCUGGUGUGUGCUGGGAGCCGACGACAACAUCCUCCGUGCGUAUAGCAUGCGAUCGCGGAACGUACAGAAACCACUGUGGGAGCUGGAGUUGGAGCAUUGUAGAAUUUCACUCGUUGAUCCCCGUGACUCCGGUGAGAAAACGAGCGCAUUUCGCAUCACACCACCCAUCGACACUGGUCUGCAGCCAUAUCUGUUGCGUACGUAUGAGGAGAGUGAGAUGCAUCGCUGCGUUGAUGCCCUGGCUAAAGCUACUGGACAGCCGCAUACGAAUAGUGAGCUGAGAACACUCCUCACCGUCUCCAAUGCCCCCGGGGCUCGGGUGUUGAGUGCCUCGCCGAACACCAUGCGAGCAGCCAGCACUGCAUCGCACCGCGCUGCAAUUCUACCCUCCGGAGAGGAGAUUGAAAUUGACGACGGUGACGGAUUGUAUGAUAUCCCACCUACUGCACGGCAAGCCGGUGCUGCAGUGCCAAUGGAUGCUACUUAUGAUGUACCACCGCCGCGUUCAGGUGCAGGGCCGUCUAGGUCAACAAGUGACUUUGACUUUCCUACGGACGAGCAGCUGGCCAGUCCUGAACCCAAUGAUGAUGUCCAGGAGGAAGAAUGUGACAUUGAGGACAACUAUGCAGAAUUGAACUUUGGCGAAGAAGGAAAUCGUGGUAAAUCUCCGAAAACGAAUCCGAGGGAAUCUAAUGCUUCUUCCACGGCACCCGAACUUCCAACACGCACAUCCAGGAUGAUGGUGACGAGUACCAGCGACCCAUCUAGCGUAGGCCGUGCCAGUCAGACAAUCAAGGCAGAGCAGGUGAAUGCAGCGAAGGAAAGCUAUGAAAAACAAGAGGAGGAUCUCUAUGCAAGCAUGCCGGAUGACAUCUUGAAUGAUGUCCACCUGUCAGAUAGCAACACUGAUGACUGUGAAGGUAUGUACGAGCAGCUUGACAUCACUGGUUAUGAUUCAAGCACUUCCACAAGCUCCAUCUUUGAGUUUUUCAAGAGGAACAGCAAGGAAAGGAAGAGUGGCAACCAGAAGAAGAGCAAAAGCAAGGAGAAAAAGGAGAAGAAGGACCACCGGCUCCGUCUUAGCUGCAGUGUUGCAGACCUGGUUGACCCGGAUCAAGAUGGAUACCUUGUGAAGCGUACAGGCAAGGGUAUUACAUGGCGACGACGUUGGUUUGUGCUCAAAGACAGGGCCCUCUAUUACUUCCGGUCUCAGGAUGAUGACGUGGCACGAAACGCAAUUAUCCUACCUGGAUGGAAGCUGAGCGCUGUCAGUGAUGAGGCCAGGCGACCAUUCACAUUCAAGCUUUCACAUGACGGAAUGAGCGACUGCUUCCUCUCCGCCGAGACAAGUGAUAGCUAUGAUACAUGGAUUGCUUUAUUGGAACAUUGCCUGCGUAUACCGAAUGGCAAUGACUCUACCCCGUACGGUAUCAACACAACGCCACAGCCCCUAACCAAGGAUGCAGUGGAAGCUGAGAACCUGAUGAAAGCUAUUGGUGACCUGUCAGCACCCCAAUGGGGAGAAGACGAUGUGGCUGCAACCUCCAACGGUUUACCUGCGCCAGAUUCAGUGUAUGAUCACCCACGGCCAAAUGCUGGCAGUCUUGCUAGCGAGGGCUUUCACUCGAGCAGUGGUCAGUCUGGACCUAGCUCACAGCUACAAUCUCCAUCAGCCGUAUCUCAGUCCUCUGGUCUUCCACCGCCGAUUCCCAAUGGUCCUCGGCCAUCUCCUCGACCAGCGGAGAAGUUUGCGGAUGCUCCCGACCUUCCCGAACACUCUACGUAUCAAGAUGUUCCACGUAACAUGAAACGGCAGAACUCUGAGUAUGACACUGAUCUGUACUUGGCUCCGGCUGAAGCAAGAACAUCGGGAAGAAGCACUCCCUUGCAGGCUGAGAGAAGCCGGUCCACGACCCCGGCAAGCGGCGCAUCACCCGCUUUGAUCCGUCAAACUCCGACAGCGACCACCCCCUCGGCCAUCACCUCUACGACCGCUUCGGCCGCAGUGUCACCUUACAGUGGAGAUGAGGCUGACACUGCCUCGCCACAGCAGCAGCGAAAAACAGAUGAUAGUGGUGGUGGCUUUGGCGGCUUCCUCAGGCGAAGCUUUAGAAGGAAGAAGGAAAAUGUCAUUAAACCUGCUACUGUUUUGGUGCAUAAUGGCAUUGUGGAAGGUGUUCUUAAUCGUCGUGGUCCCAUCAAGUGGUCUACUCAUUACUGCCAACUCAAGUCGGGCCAUUUCUUAUGCUACAAGGGAGAUGAUAAGUCCUGCGUGGAAGAAGGAGCAGCCAUACUCGACAUCCGUUUACUCGGCCAGGAAAUCCGCAAUGCCGACCGGGAGGCAAAGCGCUCGAAUUCCUUCUCUCUUUCCAAGGCCUCACAGCAGCGUCGCAACCAGUCCACAGCAUCAUCGCGGGCUCUGUACUUCCAGAGCGACAACGAUGAAGACUACCGCCUAUGGUUCAAGCACAUCAAAGACUCCACUCAGAUACAGGUCCAGGCAGUCAGUGACAUCACGGCUGUACAUCGUGCUGGACGACAUCCACCGGCAACCAUGGAUCUUAGCCAGGCUCAGCGAAUACACUCGCCACCAACGUCACCACUGCCAUUCAACUUAGCGCAACCUGAUGGAGAGCAUGAACAUGACGCAGAUGACGAAGAGGGAGAGGAAGUGUUUAAUGAACCUGUGUUACCAGAUGAAGACACAUACCAGGUACCUAGACCAGCUCAGCAGGCUGGCACCACACUGCCGUCGUGGCUACAGGAUGAAUUGCAUCAGAAACAGGAGGCUGAGGCUAUGUCUAUGUCAACUGGCAGGCCGAUUGCAGGAAACCCACUAUGGUGGGCAGUGGUGUCGUCCAACAUUGAAGAAACAUUUCAAGGCCCACUCUCUAUCAAGCAUGGUACAGUGGCAGCAUUACGCAGCUGGAAAGCGCAUUGGUGCACAGUGGCUGGCGGUAGACUGAACUGUUUCCGUCAGAGAACAGACACUGAGAGCGUUGUGGAGCUGCAGCUGGGUGGCCAGCUUCUCAGCCAUGCGCCCGAGCGUGGCAAGCCGUUCUGCUUCAACAUUUUCAUUGACCAGAAGCUGGCGCUGUGCCUCUCCGUGGAGGUCAAGAAAGAUUUGGAUGACUGGAUGGCGCUUCUCCUAACAACGGCUGGUGGAAAGGCAGCUGAAGCUGAUGUGCCUCUCUUCUACAACUAUGUUCCGAAGACAACGUCUGAAGCAGCCAAGCCAGUAGUCCGCCAACCUGGCAGCAGUGAUAUUGUAGCGGACGGUGCUGGCUACUUCCAUGAAAUCCUCCCUGACAGAAACUUAGCGGCAGUGCGGUCAGGUGUAGAUGACUACCAGCCACCCGAUGUACUACUGGUGAAAAUUGCCAAGGCACCUCAGCCGGUGGCGGGGGCGACGUCGGCACUAGCCAGCUCAACAGCAGCACCUGUCAGUCAGUCCACUGCAAUGCCACCAGUGUAUAAACCCAAUGUUGAUAGGCCAGAAGCUAGCCGCGCAGCCGCAACCCCGGCUAUGGCAGCAGCAGCAGCAGCAGCAUCUGCAGAAAAUGUCCAUGAUGGCUAUCUGCAGAAGCGUAGUGGUCCAUCACUUUGGCAUCGGCGGUACUGCUAUUUGCAGGGAACAAUGCUACAUCUGUAUUCACAAAAGGGUAGCCAAAAUCCCAUUCAAAAGCAAUCACUUGCCAACUGUGGGCUUGGAGCCACUUCGAAGGAUGGCAAGAAAGAUGCUUUCAAGGUAACACCACCUAGUCCCCAUCCUCGUAUCUACUUGCAAGCCACCAGCUCCAGGGAGCGUGCUGACUGGAUGGAAGCUCUGCAGAAGGCCAUUGUCGAAGCGUCAGCCUCCACAACAGCGGUUGGAAUCGAGCCAAGUCGCAGACGCUUAUCGUUCCGCAGGCCAAAGAGCAAUGUUAUCAACAUGUCUGUUGUGAGUGACGCCGAAGAUCAACCCAGGAAACGAGGGCUCAUCGGUCGCCUACGCUCUUGGAGCCAGGAGAAUAUUUCACGUCGCUCUAGCAGACACAGUGAAUUGGUUGAGCCAGGUGGUGCUGCUACAGGCGGCUAUGAUCAAAACAGUCCUCAACCAUUCGUUCGUGGAACAGUGUCACUAGGACAUGGGGAAUUCAAGCGAGCACGUGGUGGAAAGCCAGUUGCUCCCAGUGCUGGCGGUAAAUCGAUGAGCGGUGUGCUCUUUCUCAACUACGGCAGCGGAGAAGGCUCGAUGUGGUGCAAGGUUGCUGAUGGCGAAUUGUCUGCAUUCAGCACACCGCAAAACCGGGAGCCGGCGUAUGCUGCCAACCUCGCCGGCGCGCAUAUCAAACUCUCAUCACAUCCUCUGCCUCAGGACCGUGUCGUCACCAUUGACGGUGGCUCUUUGCAGAAACCUGUUCUAAUACGGGUCAAUGGCCAGGCAAAGACUUUCGAUGACUGGGUGAGUGCGUUGCAAUCAAGCACUGUCCAAGAAAAGCCGCUAAAGAGAAGCUUGAGUAUGCGCAUCCGCCGAUCGAUUCGUCGUAGACCUGCACCGCGGAAGCGAGGAAGCGAUCCUGCACCAAGCGCUUUGCCUUCUGGUAGUAUGGGCACGUCACCGCUUGAUCUCGCCACACCAAGCCGUCCUCCUACAUAUGCUACUGGGGGUGGUGGUGCUGCUCCCAAACCUCUUGGUAGUCGGCCACUUCCUCGCCCGCCAGGUCAGUUGCCAACCUUGCCCCAACCUCCAUCAGAUGAAGUGGCUCCACUUGAUAGCUUGCUGCCCGGCUAUGCCAGUCGCCUGACAAGCGAUCUGAAUGCACUGACAACAGCUGUUGAUAUUGAUGACACUCCUUCCAAGAAAGACUCUCGCACCCCAUCCCUACCAUCUGAUGAUCGAAGACCCAGCCAGGCUACGGUACGGGCACCAUCUGCUGGCAGAGAAACACCAGAGACACCUGCAGUCACUGUUCUGCCAGGUAGGGAUGUGAAAUCACCCCCCGCAAAGAAAACGCCUUCUCCUGCAGAAACAGGUACUCGGCAAGGAAAGGCAGUUGUUGGCACCGAGACAAGUCCACCAUCAGCAAGUCUGGCCAAGCAAACCAGUUCAAGCAGCCUGGAGAAGUCGGCCGCCAAGAAAACACCACCCGCAGCACCUCGCCGCAUGGACAGUAUCAGCAAUGGCCCCAGCAGCAGCAACGGCAGUAGCAGCAACAGCUACAGCAUACCACCGCCCGUCAUCAGGCAAGUCAAGAAUUCCCCACGGCCUCGUGCUCAUACUGAUGUUCAGAUGUCAGCUCCACCGCCACCUCCCAGUGGCAUGUCAAGCCCAGCAGUGUACAGUGACUUGCUCAAGGAGUAUGAAAACAAGGCAAAGUCUGUUAAUGUACAGGCCACCGAACAGAGAACGACGCUGACACAGGAACGCAUCGAUCUUGUCCGUCAGCAAGUUGACUUGGAGGAUCGAAUCCGCACUUGCAAUGUGCGCCUAGCUACUGUGGAAGCCAAAGGCAAAGGUAACAGCACCGUCUUCAAGGGUCGAGUUUCUGGUGAGGAUCCAUUUGAGAUCAAGCGUGAGCGAGCAGAGUUGCAGAACAAGGGUGGAUGGGUGGAGGGUAAAAUCCAGCGUAUCGAUGACCAGAUCUUGCGUGUAGGAACAGAACUCUCUACGGCCAUUGAUCGACUGGAGAAGGAGCGCAAUGCGCGUAUUGAGCAGAUCAGCGCACAGGAACUUGAAUCUGCCAUGUAAUAGCCUUCCAGCUACGGCAUGGCUGUGGCUGCUGUGAUGCAUGCAUUUGGUGAAUAGGUGAAGAUAAGCUGAAUGAACUGAUAUACUCAACGUGACUGGCUAACAAUAGUAAUUAUUAUGGAUAUACAGAUCGCACGGCACGUUUUACACAUCGCCGCCUUUUAUUGUACACUGGAGAGUAUUCACCGGAGACUAACUGUGCAGAGAGAUUUCAUAAUUAUAAUGCACAUUCCUUUCAAUCAUGCCAUUGCCAAUAUCAUGAUCAACUGGAUAUUACAGUACAAUGCAUGCUUACUUGUUUUGAGCUAACUGGAAACGACAGUGUACACUCUUGUCAGUCUACCUACUGAAGACUCAGCCACCUGACCUUUCUACCCGCUGUUAAUACAAUGGCUUCUGGUGCCAUGUGUGCUGAUGUGCAUAACGAAUAUGCGGUAUUUGAACAUGCACCGCUUAGCUAGCUGUGUACUCGACCAACGCUUUCUGGUGGGCGUCCCUAUGAAUGUCCUGUUAUCAUUUUGAUUGCCGCAUAUACCCAUCAAAUUGCUGCUUUUGUACUUGUCCUUUUUUCCCCUGAUGUUUUAAUGUAGUCCUACGAUCAUGCUGUGUCACUUGCUUUUCUUGCACUGCACUGUUACCAUGGUUACUACACAGCAGAGUGCACACCAUGUAUAUGAUCUUGAACCUCUGAACUAGUACUAUUCUACUAUA